GUGCGAAGGGGGGAGGGGGGUCGGGGUUUUGGUAUCGCCGUGCUCCGUUCUAGUGUGCCGCGUUGCUCAACUGCCUGCUCAGUUCAAGUGUUGGUCCAGUCUGGUAGCCUUCUUAGUGCUCAGCGCUCAGUGCUCCCCAGCUCCGAGGGCCUUGUCAUCAGCCUCAGCCUAGACUGGACCUGGGGCCCGGAGCUACCACAUCAUUCUCCAAUCGCCAUCGUCAACACCCACCGUCACCAUCACCAUCCGGCGUCACGAAUAUCACGAUCUCAGCUCCUAUCCCAAACGCAACCAGCAACAUAGCGAGCAACGACACGUCUGGAUUGCGAAAUCGAAUAUUCGUCAAGUGGCACAGAACCUCCGAACCACCGGAGUGGCAAGCAAUCAUGGCGCUCGACAGCUACUAUGCAAACAAGAUUGAGGCGAUGAAGCUCGAGAUCCUCAAGGGCCAAGCUGUCCUCCGCCGCCUUGAAGCUCAAAGAAAUGACUACAACUCCAGAGUCAGGUUACUGAGGGAGGAGCUUGGUCUGUUGCAACAGCCUGGGUCAUACGUCGGUGAGGUCGUCAAGGUUAUGAGUACGAAGAAGGUGCUAGUCAAGGUGCAUCCCGAGGGCAAAUAUGUCGUCGACGUCGCCGACUCGGUCGACAUUGCAAAACUCACAGCAGGCAAGCGCGUCACCUUGCUAUCCGACUCCUACAAGCUCGAGAAGCUCCUGCCAUCAUCUGUGGACCCCCUCGUCUCCCUCAUGAUGGUCGAAAAGGUUCCCGACAGUACAUAUGACAUGAUCGGUGGUCUAGAUCAACAGAUCAAGGAGAUCAAGGAGGUCAUUGAGUUGGGUCUGAAGCACCCCGAACUAUUCGAGUCUCUGGGUAUCGCACAACCAAAGGGUGUCUUGCUUUACGGCCCCCCCGGUACUGGAAAGACCCUCCUGGCUAGAGCUGUCGCUCACCACACCGACUGCAAAUUCAUCAGGGUAUCUGGUUCCGAGCUGGUGCAAAAGUACAUUGGUGAGGGUUCACGCAUGGUCCGUGAGCUGUUCGUCAUGGCUCGAGAGCACGCCCCCUCCAUCAUCUUCAUGGACGAAAUCGAUUCCAUUGGUUCUUCACGUGUCGAGGGCUCAUCCGGAGGCGAUUCUGAAGUGCAGCGUACCAUGUUGGAGUUGCUCAACCAGCUUGACGGCUUCGAACCUACCAAGAACAUCAAGGUCAUCAUGGCAACCAACCGUCUCGAUAUCCUGGAUCCCGCCCUGCUGCGACCCGGUCGUAUCGACCGAAAGAUCGAGUUUCCCCCGCCGUCUGUCGAAGCCCGUGCCGAUAUCCUGCGCAUUCACAGCCGCAAGAUGAACCUGACCCGCGGCAUCAACUUGACCAAGAUCGCUGAGAAGAUGAACGGUUGUUCUGGUGCUGAGCUCAAGGGUGUGUGUACAGAGGCUGGUAUGUACGCGUUGAGAGAACGCAGAGUUCACGUGACGCAAGAGGACUUCGAGCUGGCGACAGCCAAGAUUUUGAACAAGCACGACGACAAAGAGGUCUCCCUCCAGAAAUUCUGGAAGUAAUCUAUAUGCUUGGUUUCAUGCUCGGAGUUGGGGUUUGUAUGGAUGCUUGCAUGUAACAAAAAUUACGUAUGCAUGUCAGGUGUAUUAUAUCAAGAUACUCUGAAGAAGAGAUAGAUGGGGACACACGAAUCAAUACAUGCGUCUAGGCAGUCUAUCAAAACUAUCGUAAAUUA